AUGGGAGUUUUGCCUUGUAUGAAGCUUGUCUCCAUAUUCUUCUUCAUGCAGAUUGGUCUAAGAAAGGGUUCUCAUUCAUUUGCUGAGGCUUGUGCUGUUGUUAUUCGAAGAAAAUGGAACCCUAAGGGACAUAUUGGGGACACGGUCUCUAGCAGUGAUUCGGUGCUGCUCUUGAUAUCCGAUGCAGCUCAGAACAUUGCACUGCACGUAUUUUUCGGCGAGACAAGUGUUGAAGCUAAAACCAGAGGCAAAGUCUCUUCAGAAUCAGAUCUAUCGAUUCAGCUUGAUCUUAUGCCCUUCUCUCCUGUUCCUCGGAGUCAAACUUCCUUUGAUAAGCUUCAGCUUCCUUGGCUGAAUGAAAAUUUGGUUGGUGAACCUGGAAACGUAAACCAGAGGAUUCGAGGGGUGGAGGAGGCUGAGGAAGCCAUAGCUUUUUGA